UUUCGUUCGCCAUGGCUCACAACGCGGCCGCUGCAGUUGAUCCCGGCGAAGGCCUCCGGGCACCCGAUACGUCGUCAAGGCACGUCGUGGAGAGCGUGACGCACGAUUUCCAGGUGACCAACUAUCCGCUACUCGGAGGCAUGCGUGUCAGAAAGUACAUUAGCUCGAGCACGUUCGCCGUCGGCGGCUACGACUGGAACAUCGUGUUCUACCCGGACGGAGACGACGAGGACUGUGCAGGGCACGCGUCGGCCUUCUUGUGUUAUCUUAGCCAGGCCAAGGACGAGGUGAGGACAAACUUGACCUUCACCAUGCUGAACGAUCAAGGCAACGUACAAGCAACCCAUCAGGUACCGGAGUUCAUCUUUUCUACAGGGGUAGAAAAUGAUAGCCUGGGAUUUCCCAAAUUUGUCGAGAAAUCGAAGCUGAAAUCGUCAUCUCGCCUCCUAACGAUAAGAUGCGUUCUCGCCGUGAUCAAAGAACCACCAGCGGAGUGCAAGAGAUACCUUAUCGUGGACCCUCCACCGGAGCUGUCCGGCCGCCUCCACCGCGCCCUCAAGAACGGGAGAGGCACCGACAUCACGCUCCUCGUGGGCGGCAGGGAGUUCAGCGCGCACAGGUUCAUGCUUGCCGCACGGUCGCCCGUCUUCGAAUCGCUCUUUGGCCCGAUGAUGGAUAAGGACACACGGUGCGUAGAGAUUGCCGACAUGGAGCCAGCCAUCUUCGAGAUGCUUCUGCAUUACGUCUACACGGAUUCACUGCCGCCGUGUGGUGAAGGCGAUUACGAUGCAGCCACGAUGCAGCAUUUGCUAGUCGGUGCGGUCCGGUACGGGCUGGACAGGUUGAAGGUGAUGUGCGAAAAGAGGUUGUGCAGAAACAUCGACGCGAGCACAGUCAUGAGCACAUUGGCACUAGCAACUCAUCACAACUCUGACCAGCUAAAGGAUGCAUGCCUAGAGUUUAUAUCGUCGUCGCGGGAAGUCAUGGAUACAGUCGUGGUAACCGACGGGUUCCAACACCUCAUGGCAAAUUGCCCCAUGCUAGAUUUGCCGAAGAACACCGGGGGAAAAGUAACCAUCAAGAAUUUCUGGCAGAAAUUCCUCCACAAAAUUUUCCAGUAUGAACACUCGAGCAAAUUGCAAAAAAAACACCACAAUUGGGGACCCUAA